UUUAUUUUCAAAUUCCCCCCAUUCAACCACUUGUCUCGUUUUGCAUUCGGUUUUACUUAACUUUUGCACGAUCGUUUCGCACAGGGACGUCGUUUUUUUUUUUUUGUACGGCUAAUCAUUUUAUUUUGCGAGUACGGUUAUUAAAAUAAUUAAACGAGGUGGAUUCAACUGUAAAACAUUGAACGAUCAAGAAGAUCACAGCGAGAACGACGAAGAAUCGUACAUCAUUGAAGUGAAUUACGUGCAUCAUGCUGAGCUGACAAAGUGAGGCUGCCGCUGACAUCUCAUCAUCAACGGGACGUGCUCAACACUUGAUCUGUCCCAGAAAGCGAGACGGGUUCUUCGCUUCGACAUCUAUCGAAUUUCUCGCAGACAACCAGAAGCAGCGCAAACUCUUGCAGAAGUAGCCGGGAUCCGAGUACAACAAGCAGGCGAUGGCGCCAUUUUCUAAUUGCCGAAGGUGUGCCGUAUGGUUCGUGUUGGCCUCGUUCGUCUGGCUUCAUCUGCUCGAUGCAGCGGCCCUCGAGCCGAACAACCCGCUGCGACGCGUCGGCGAUGACAGCCCGAUGACGUGGCGCAGAAGGCACAGUCGGGAUCUUCAUCAUCUUCAUCUUCAUCACGAUCGUGACUUCGGUCGUGCUGGCGCCUCGGAUGACCAAAGCGGCCGCCACAGAAGAUCCGAGUGGUCUUGCCCCCAGGUGAGCCAUCCGUCUCGCUCGCCCGGCAUUUCGUGCCAAUGCGAUUUGCCGCACACGCUCCGCUGCUCGGCAGUGAGCGGUGGGCACACAUCUGGCUCGAAUUUCGGAUCGUCGGAGUCUGAGCGUCAAGUGGCGGCCGUCAUCGGAGCGUUGAGGGCUCUGCCGCGCGAGCAGUCCGUCUCACUGCUCGAUUUAUCAAUCCAAAAUUUCAGCCGACUGGGCCCUUUCCUUUUUGAACGAGUCACGCUGCACGGACUUGUUAUCUCUUCUGGCGAAAUUCAAGAUGUCUCAGCGCAAGCUUUCGCCGGCCUAGCUUCGUCACUCACCGCUCUAGGGUUACCCAAUAAUCGAUUGGUAAACGUACCCUCGGAAGCGCUUCGUCCGCUGAUUCAUCUUGAACGUCUCGAUCUAUCCAACAAUCGGAUUCAAUCCAUUGCCGGACAACCAUUUGCCGGUCUCGAUAGGCUUCGUUUCCUCGACUUGAGUGGCAACGCAUUGGAAACUAUCGCUCCAACAGUUUUUGGCGCAGCGUCCGGUUUGCGGAGCUUGCAAUUGCGAUCAAAUUUGUUGGAAACUUCGCAACUCGUCGCACCAGCCCUGAGCGGCCUCAAGAAAUUGCAAGAACUUGAUCUUGGCUACAAUCGGCUACGCGGACGGCUAACCAGCACGUUUCUUCAAGGCUUAGACAACCUCAUCACGCUGGAAUUGACGGGCAAUAAUUUGACAUUGUUAAAACGUGGCAUGCUCUCCGGAUUGAAACGGCUCCGCACUUUGCGCUUGGCUCGCAAUCAGAUCGAUGUGAUUGAAGAUCAAUCUUUCGUUUCGCUGGCGUCGCUGACUACGCUGGACCUGAGCCAUAACGGCGUCGUGGCCAUUUCCGGACAGUCGCUCUCCCAUCUUAACGAUUUGACGCAGUUGGACUUAAGCCACAACUACUUGCGCGCCGUGACGUCGGAACUGGUCGGCGGAUUGUCCAGUCUCGAGUCACUGGACUUGACUGAUAACGACAUCUCUCUAGUCGAACCCGGAGCUCUGACCAACCUGCCAAAGCUCAUCCAUCUGUCACUGACGGACAACCCGUUAAACUGUGACUGCCAUUUGGUCGAUUUGGCUCGAUGGUUACGCAACAGCACCGGUAACAAACCAGCCGACGAUCAAAACCGAAGAUCGGCCGUUUGCGCUACACCACCUUCGCUGGAAAACGGACUCUUGUUCGAGGCGGAAAUAGAAACCCUGACCUGCGAAACGAAUGGAAAUGGACGCAGUGGUUCUCUCUCCACCGAUGCCCAACAAGAAGGCGAUGAAAGCAACAACUUCUUGUCCUCCCAACCGACCGAAGAUUUCAUCCGAUUAUCAACCGCUCAAGUGCAAUUCGGAUCUGCCGAACUGGAAGGAUCGCUAUUGCAUACAGUGUGGAAAGUGGAUUCGGCCACAUUGCCAUACACAUGCGACGCUAUCCUCGUCUAUGAAUUGAGCGAGGAACAUGAGGCUCUGCUUGACUCGUACCCCGUUCGUUGCCAUUCGGAAGAACGGCCCAACAAGCAACUACAGCUCACCGUAAAACUUAGCGACAAUAUGAAGACGGAUGGUCAGUAUCGAUUGUGUCUCGUCUUGUUCGAAGGAGGUCAUGACGAUGAAGCUUCUCUUUUACCCGGAUGUUCCCACUCGAUGACCUGGCAAACGUUAAAGCAUCACGACGAAGAAGCGGACGAAACGACUCAUGAAAGCGGUAACGUCUUGAGUGAUCAUGCAUCAUCAGGACUGCCCGUAACGGCAAUGACGACGCAGAUUACCGCCUUUUACGCUAACGUCAGUUCGCCACAAUCCGUUUCGGUUUACAUGAGAAUUCCGGACGCCUUACCGACCUGUCAGUUCACCGUGGCCGUUUUUGAGAAGCAUCGAUUGCUGGCGCUGAAACGACUGAACUGUUCGACCACAUCGUUCACCUUUGGUCAACUGAUGGACAACAGAAACAGCCAAUUUGCUACCAGUGCUGUCGAGCACCCAGUCGAGGAGUAUCAAGUAUGCGCUACAUUUGCCCAGCAAGGCCAGUUCCUUCCGCCUCCCGAUGGAGAACGUCAGGCGGAUGGGGAUAUCGUUUUGACUGCAAGCAAGGGUCGAAGUAGUAGCAGCAUUGCUAUAUCAUCUAACGCCGGAGGACCCUCGAUGAUCAAUUCGACCGUUGUUCAGUACGAACACUGCGUCGUUGCCAAAGUGCCCAACCGGAUCUGGGCCGUUGAGAACACGUUGGUCGUCAUCGCCGUCACGGUGGUUUUCGUCCUAAUCGCGGCCGCGCUCCUGUUACUCACCUACCUGCUGGCCAGACGGGUCUUCUUCCGGCGUUCCAAGUUGCUGUGGUGCAGCUCAUCCUCCGAUCCGUUGAGCUCGUCCGUGCCCAAGGCGACCAGUCGCCACAUUCUGUACGUGCCGGAGAGUGACUACUUCACUGACUCGGCCUGCAGCAGUAGCGGAUCAGAUAACCGCGAAGAGACGUCGACUAACGUCUGAUAUCGAAUAUAAAAUCAACUCUGCAACACCCGAUUACGACAACAAAUAAGACGGCUGGGAAUGCUUAAAAGGCCAUCCAGCCAUCGCAUCGUCAAUUACGUCAAAAGCUUUAAGCCCUUUUUUCUUUCACGCCCUUCACGUCACUUUCACGGACCUUCAUUGUCAUUUCCCCUCAAGCGGUCAUGUGUGUUUUCUAUUUAGUGCCAAAGUUGAGCUUGACCCACGCGUUUUCCCCAUUUUUUUUUUUCAUUAUAUUGUUUUAAAAUCAAUAAUUGUACCAUAGAACCUUUUUGUACAGAAGGAAUUUUUAAUGCGAUUGGAAAGGGAAGUGUCGUGCCGCCGGAUCGAUUGUCCGACGUUUUAUCAAAUUGUUUUGUCAUUUUUCUUGUAUCUUUUAUCGUUUGUCCCAUCUAAUUUUCAUUGUCUGCAGGAGCAUUUACAGAUUUAUCACAUCCGUCUAACCCUUUCAUGUCUUUUCCUGCUGGAUGAACUUUUAUGAUUGGUUUUUGGAAACGGGAAGGAUUAAUUAAAAAGCGAAUCUUGCUGUUGAUUUAUUUCUACCCCAAUUUGUACGCCCUUCUCCCCUUGUCCUCUCAUCUUCUGUCAGUCUUUUCGUUAAAAACCACGUUGUGCAUAAUUAUAUACGAUCACUUUUGUACAGUACAGCUCAUGAAUAAAGACAACACACAUCCUA